AUGAUUAUAAUAUCUUAUUUAAGACAUUGAUAAAAAAAAGCAGCAUUGAUAAAAAAUCAAAAUUUUAGAAUUUAAUUAAAAUUUUAUAUUACCGAAUUUUUGAUGCAGGAUAUUUUAAGGCAAGAUAUAUUGUUAACAAUUGCGAAAUCAAUAUACUUAUUUUAUGGGAUAAGUAGCUUAAAAAAUCACGUUGCCAAUAUAAUGUGGACAUAACUAAGGAUUUCAAAAUAUACAAAUAAAUAACACAGACAUAAUGAUACAACAACCAGUAGUGGACAAAUGCAAACAAAUACCACAUUUAGGAACUACUAAUUAUAAGAAGAGACUAGAAACUUCUAGAAGUUUUGUUCUAAUUCCUUCUUGUAAUUCUUAUACUAUUUGUGAAUGUUUUUUUAUCAGGUGUGCUUUUAAAUGUGGUAUGUGUUUGCCAUUGAUGCAUUUAUCAUAUUUAUCACAUAAUAUAUCUAUAAGAAAUUUUCAUCAUCGUCAUGAAUGACACUCGGAGCCGUUACGACUGAUGUAGACGCCCCUACGCUGGAAAAUGAUUAUGCACCCCAAUACAAAGUUGAAAAGACAAAAAACUAAAAAAUUCCUGCUUUUAGCGUUACCCAGAAAAAGAGAGAGAUAACAGAUCUUCCACUGUUCGUGCCGUCCUGCUGGCGUGAGCAUCUCAAUUGGCAUCGCUGCAUAGCACCUUCUAAAUUUUGCGCCCUACGCUAGAGCGUAUACUGCGUACUGCCUUGUAACGCCCCCGAUGACACUACAGGCCAAAUCAGAUCUGGGCCUUCUUUCCAUAUCUGUGGUGCAUAGGUUGUACACAGAAACCUAUAGUUUAACUUCAGUUAAAUGUCUUCAGUUUCACAACUUAAACUAGAGUUUAUGUCCAAUAGAUACAUUUUUUUAUAUAAAACAAAUAUAAGAUAAAAAGGUUUUGAGACAUAUGUAGAAUAUUCUUGAUAUGCCAUUGAAGAGGAGCGAACAUAUAAGAUUUUUCCGGUUCUGCUUGGAAUCGAAUUCGGGACCUUCAAUGUAACAAACAGACGCUGGCUUAAAUUAUCUAGCGUCUCCAGCGAUGGUGACAGCGAUAGAGGUGGAGGCUGUCAUCGUUGCUAGAUCAGUCGGCUUAGCCACAACAAUCGCUGAAUCAGCAGAAAUUGCAGUAGUUGUUGCUGGGUCAACUUGUGCCGCUGCCACAGUACUUGUACCCAUAUUAUCACGUGUCGACGAAUUUAUUCCUGCACGAGUUAGGUAACUAUAUUGCAAGCGAAAAAAAUUUCAAGGAGCGUUUAUCCUCACGCCAUGAGCCUGCUAAAUCAAUUGCAUUCAUUUUUUGUCAAAAUAUUGCAAUUGAAUAUUAAAUUGUAAUUGAAUCAUUCUAGAACGUGAAAUUGAAAAUCAAAAUUAAUGUCACUCUUUCUGUAAUAUAUUGUUGAUAUCUCUGACAAAUAGACAUUUAUAAAAAAAGUUUUGAGGUGCACCACCACUGUUUGAAAAUCAUGACAAAUAUGGAUUUUAUAGCUAUUAAAGCUACUUUACUAUAUAUAAAAUUAAAAGGUGCAAAAUUUCUAAAUUAUUUUCGCAUAUUAUCCGUAUAACUGGAGGACUUGUUACAAAUAAAUGGUUACUCCAAAAUUUCAAAGAUAGACAUUUAUCAGGGAGCUUGUCAGUGCGAUGCAGCAGCACUGUUGUUGUGUAUCUGUUUUACAGCGUUUACACAGCAGCAAAUACUUUGUAAUUGAACCCCGUUUAAACUACAAAAUUGUAGCCUCUAAAUUAUGAGCGACAAAGGUCGUCACAUAUGAUUCUUUCCGUCGCUCGAUCAGUUUCAGCAGUACCGCUUGUUCGUUUUCGCUGCGAAUUUAACGAAAUUUGAUGGCGAUCGAGUCUCUGCUUGUUACAGGCCGGAUCUUUAGUUUUACAUUUACUUACAUAGCUCUUCUAUACAUUAGUUUGCAUUAAAUGAUUAGAUUACAUAAAAUUUUGCUGGAAACAUUGAAUAAUAUGAAAAUUUAUAAUUAAAAGAAUUUUUUAAAUUUUUCUUUUAAAAAACAAAUUAAAGUUUUUUAAGGUUUUCUAACAAUUUUAGCGCAUCGCUUUUUUAUUAAUUGAUACACGAAUCAAAAUUAUCCUGACCGAUUCUUCGUAGGGUCUCGAUCCUUGCCGCUGCUUGCCGCCCUACCGUCCCCGGUAUUCGGCGAGGAGAUUCGGAGAUUCGGCCUUGAUUUUCUCGCGCCACCGCCACCUCGUAUAGCAACAUCAGUGCUGCCAUCAGUGAGUAAUGCACAUGGCCGACCGGUAGCGUGCAUUCAAACUUAUGCGAAAGGCGUGGGGGAGGCGCGUCGUGGGUGGUCCGCCGUGGUGCGUGGUGGUGCGCCGACCGGGAACGUGACGCGUUGUGUGGUCCGGCUUGGUUGGUUUGUGUGCUUCUUCGAGUGGAGCUCACUGUCGUGUAGAAGAUGCAAGACGCUCCGUUCGAACGCAAAAUACAAGCCUCAUGGUUAGCCGGAAACGCUCGGUGAAUCCGACGGCUCGAAGGUACGCGUUAUCGUCCCUCGUUAAUUCUCAUUGUUUACACGCGCAUCUAUUCCCACGUGUGACGUUUCUUUGCCUGAUUAAUUAAUAAUCGUCGAAUGAACUUAGUGACUAAGGUGUUAUACGAACUUGUGAAAGGGAGAGAAAGAGAAAGAGAAUGCAAUUUUUUUUGUCUUCUUAAAGAAUGAUACUCUUGUUGAUCUUCUGUUGUCUGCUGCCUUGCAACUUGGGCUCAUCUUUGGAACAUGAACGUGGAUUUACAGAUAAUGGCAGUGGUGAAAACAGCACAUGGAAGGACAGAGAAUUGGGCCUUGCUCAUAGACUCAAAGAUUCUAAUUAUCUGUUAGACAGAUAUCCCAUGGGCAAAUUGUCACCAGAUAUCUCAAACUGCCGUAGAUCCGCUAAAUGUAUUCCACUGUCUAAGAGUACCUGUAUGGGUACAAAAUUACCUUACACUUCCACCACAUUGGAUCUUAUACCAGAGCGAGUAACUCAAGAUAUUGUUGAGGAAAGACUGUAUUUAUUGCAAGCUUUGAAACACGUCCCAAAAUGCUGGGCAGUUGUGCAACCUUUUCUGUGCUCGAUAUUCAUGCCAAAGUGCAUUAAUGAUACAGUUGAGUUGCCAUCUCCAGAAAUGUGUAAGAUGGUGUCAGGGCCCUGCAGGAUGUUAAUGAAUCACACGAUAUGGCCGAGUUUCGCAAAGUGCGAAAAUACGGAGCUGUUUCCACGACUGUGCCAAAACGAUAUGAGAGAAUUGAAAUUUAAUAUCUCAGGCAAAUGUCUGAAACCUCUUGUACCCACUGACAAUGCUCUCUCGAUUUUUGAUGGAGUGGAGGGCUGUGGUACACAAUGUUACGAUCCACUGUAUACAACUGACGAGCACAAUCAAAUGCAUUCGUUUAUCAUAUGGGCUGCAGGCAUUUGCUGCACCUUCAAUUUGUUCACUGUUGUAACAUUUCUCAUAGAUUGGAGAAGCGCAAACAAGUAUCCAGCUUUGGUGAUAUUUUACAUAAAUAGUUGUUUCAUGGUAUCAUGCAUUGGCUGGUUGGUUCAGUUCACUCCUGGCAGCAGAGAUGUGAUUAUAUGUCGCAAAGAUGGAACGUUAAGGACAAGAGAACCAAGUGGGGAGAAUCUAUCUUGCGUCGUUGUUUUCGUCUUAGUGUAUUAUUCUCUAAUGGCAGCUGUAGUAUGGUUUGUUAUAUUGACGUACGCUUGGCACAUGAGCUUUCGUGCACUUGGCACAAUACAAGAUCGGAUAGACAAAAAGAGUGCUUACUUUCAUUUGAUCGCUUGGUGCGUACCACUCGUCCUGACGGUCGCGAUCAUGGCGUUAGGCCGUAUUGAUGGCAAUAGCAUGACGGGAAUUUGCUUUGUGGGUUACGCCGAUCAUGCAGCGAAGAUUUUUGUGCUAUGUCCCGUGUUACUUGCUGUGCUAAUAGGAGGAUAUUUUUUGUGCAGAGGACUCUAUACGCUUAUUCGUUUAAAAAUAAGCAGUCAAGAGAUCAUAUCUGAAAGAGCAAGUUCAAAGAUAAAACAAACCAUUGUCAGAAUGGGGCUCUUUUCUAUAGCUACUCUUGCAGCUGUUGUUGUAACAUUUUACUGUCACAUUUACGAGAUUCAAAACUCACAACAGUGGCAGGAAAACUUCAGAAGUUAUAUGAUAUGCACGAUUACGACGCAGUAUGCAGAUGUCUCUGAAUGUAAAAUGGACAUGAGGCCCAGCACAGCUAAAUUGCAAUUGCAUUUGCUUGCAUUAUUUGCCACCGGCGUACUUAUGUCUUCAUGGAUUUGGACGAGUUCGACGGUCGAUACAUGGUGUCGAUUUCUGAGAAGCAUAUGUCUUCUCCUCAUUUGCAGGAUUUUCAAUCGUGAGUCCGAAGAGCCUCCGAUAAGACUGAGCAAGCAUAAACUUAUCGCGCAUUUAUUCGCGAAUCGAAAGACAUUUAAUAAGGCUGGUCGUCUAUCCAUAAGCUUUCACAACACUCACGCGGAUCCAGUUGGAUUAAACUUCGAUCUCAAUUCCGCGGCAUCACAAGACUUCAGUACCACUUGGGCGGCCGCCUUGCCCAAAUUAGUAACGCGAAGGUGCGCGCUAGUUGGCGGUACUACAGGAUCUGUGUCUAGUAAUAGACGAAACUCGGGAGAUUCGGAGAUUAGUUACAGCUUCCGAUGUGUUUCCAUGGAAUCCAGACGAAAUUCUCUCGACUCGCAAAUAUCCGUGCAGAUUGCACAGGUGAAGACGACGAGAAAGGUCGCAAACCGGUCGCGUGGUCGGCGUGGGAAAAACAGGCGUGACUUUGGGAAAUCCCGAUCAGCCAAAAUUGAUCCGCUUUCUAGGAGAGGCAGCACCACUUCUCAAGAUAGUCAAUUAAUGACUCAAGUGCCGAUUCAAAUGCCCAAUAUGGGCAGGAGGCUGGGAAACGCCGGAUUGGAUGAGCGAACCUUGAAAAAUAUUAAUACUAAAAACACGGGCAUGCUGUUGCCUUUUUUGUUGAGACGGCAGAGCGGCAGUGAUGAAAAUUUAAGCAGCGAUGAAAAGAGACAAGAUGUGGCUGGUAAGGAUGCCGACAUAGAAGUAGGCAAUGUGGAGAAAGAAGAUGAACAGGGCAGCGACAGCGAGAGUAGUCAAUCGGAGGAUGAAGUCAAAAUGUUAGAUCCAGAGAAUGCACACGAACGUAACAAAAAUAAAGAGCGUAGCAAUAAGAAGACAUAUCAUGAAAGUGGUAGAAAUCGCGAAAGUGGUCAUAGGAGCAAGUAUGUUUUGCAGGAUGAAGCUCUUUUGAAGCAUCUGCUUCAGGAGGCUAGUGAUAUAAAGGCGAAAAACGAAAAUGAGAAGAAGGAGGCGUACAGAAAAGCUGUGAUGGGCGACUUAGAUUCUAGUCUCACCUCGUGUUAUCCAGAGUUAACGAGAUUACUGCAAGGUGAUGGACAGACUAAUGCUAGGGAGAUAGCGACGCAGACGUCAUUACCGCUGGAUAUAUUGGAGAUGGAAGAGUUAAAGCAGAGUAUUGACGAGAUAAUUAACAGCAGACACUGCAGUUCCAAGGGGACCCAAAUAUCACCACAAUUGAAAAAAAGUAAAAAUAUUAUGACGUAAGACUGAGAACUAUUUUUUUUUAAUCUAUUGAAAAUGCGCAUAUAUAAUGAAAUAUGCUCUAUAAACGGAUGAUUUAUCGAAAUAGUAAAAAUUAUUGCAUUGUUGAUCGCGAACUAUAUUUUUCUUUUCUUAUCACUUUCAUCGUCAUUAUAAUAUUUAUAACGAUAAAAUUAAGUAAAUGUUUUCAUUUAUAAAUGAUAUACACGCUGUACUAUGCAAUAAUGUACUAUGACAAUCAGUUUAAAUAAUAUCGCUUGAGAUGUAUAGGUAUAACAAUGCAUAUAAAUAUUUUUCUACAUUUUAUUAUACGCUAAAAAAUAGUAAUCAAAUCUUAAUACGGUAUCCAUAACUGACAACUCGCAUCGAGUGCUAGAUAAUUAAUUUUUAAUUUGUGAUGACACUAGAAUCUUAAAUAUAUCACCUUGUACAUAUUUUUUCGUCGUAAGAGCGGAUACUAUUGUAUUUUUAAUAUUGUAUGUCUUCCAAUGUUUUGUAAGAAUGUAUGUUCAAACAUUCUACGGCGGUGAGAUAUUCUAUAUGUGUGUAUAUGCAUGUGUGCGCGAAUAUAUCUAUACAUUUAUUUUUUUAAACAAAUGGCUGAAUAAAAUGCGUUUUACAAUCGUCGACAUUAGUGAUCUAUAAACUAGUGGCUACUCUUUGGAAAUAAAAUCUAUUUACCCAUUUAAUAUGAUUAUAAUUUGAAGCAUAUUUGUAGAAUACAGAACAAUGAACAUUCUUCAUUUUAAUAAUUAAUUAAUAGCUUGCUUUUAGAAUAACCACAUUUUAUAGUCACAGAAAAGUAGAUCGAAUUACUUUUAUAUAUAUUUAUUUAUAUAUAAAAGUAAGCGAUAUAUCUAUACAUAUAUUGCUAAUACGAAACUGUAAAUCGUAUUUGUCAAAUAUUUACUAGUACAAAUUUUUCUAUUAGAAUUAAUCAUAAGUGUCUCUCUUUGUAUCUCAUUGUAUUUUAUAUAUAUUUUGUAAUUAUUAAUAUAUAUUUAUGAAGUAAACUUUCUUUCUAUAUUUUACAUACUUGUAUCAUAUUUAUUAUACAUUAGACUAAUUAUUCUUUCAAUAUUUUUUAAACAUCUCUAAAAUUUCAUUGUUACAAUAUGUGUACAUGCGGAAUAUGAAAAUGUAUAUUACUUUCUUAAUCAACAUGUUAAAGUUCAUUGAUUGUAUUGUUUAAGAUAUUUUUCUUUUUCCGCUUUUCUGAGAAAAAUAAAAAAUAAAAAGACUGUCA